UGCCAGUUCGAACGCGCCUUCGCGCACACACGCACAGUUUACUGCUGCUGCUCUGCGAAGCUGUCAGUGUGACGGACGACGAGAGAAACGGAGUUGGAAAAAAAGUGGCAACCAUUUUUCUCCGCGCGACGACGACGACGACGACGUUCCGUCCGUCGAUCAAAGCAGUCUCCAAGCAAAAUCGCGAGCUGUCGAAAGUUGUGGCCGUGCGCGUUUCGUCGUUUUUUCGCGUAAUAUUUCGCGCGCCGUCGUGCCCUCCAGAGAUUUUCCACGGGUGUGGGUCCGGCGGUUCCGACGCGAGUGGCCGUACCCUGGUUCCCUGUUUAGCAGAAACUUCCCGACCAGAUCUCUCCGGGUCGUUCCGCAAAGAGUGAGUGUGUUGAAAAAAGAAGAAAGAGAAAAAAAGUACGUCGCGCAAACCUUCCGGAUUUUGCGGAGGAAAGAAGAGUUCCGGAUGUUCUAAGCGUUGGAUCCAGCAGGAGACAUCCGAACCCGUUAUCGUUCCAGAGCAGGAUCGGUUCCCCCAUGGUACGCAGCAAAACAGUUGAAUCAUUUCGAGGACCAAAAAUCUAAUCAGCUAAAAAGUAGCAACAGCCUGGUCCCAGGUCUCUGCUGUCGCCGCUGGAGCCGCCCGCACGCCGGACAGCAGGAACCUUCCCACCGUCGCAACUCCAAGGGCAUGUUUUCCACUUUUAUUGGACUAAUUGAUAUUCAAUCAUGGUGGGAGGUCCCGUGCAUUGCUCACUACUGCUCGUUGUUUAGUGGCCCCUUCCAGUUGCCGGAUUUCGACAUCGAGGACCUCGAGGAAGCCCUGCUGACCGAUGCCGACACCGAGAGCGAGGUCGACCUGAACAAGGUGCUGUACACCGCCCGUCUGCUGCCGGAUCUGCUCGUGGCACUGCUGAAGGGUUGCGACGCGCUCAACAAGAUCGCCUCCCACAUCAGCCCGAGCAACUAUCAGAUGUUCUUGCGGCGUCUGUUCCGUCAGAAAUGCCAGGAAUACAACAUUGACGACAACCCGUUCAACACCGAUACGGACUUUGAGAAGCUGCCGCUGCGCACCAAGAUCCUCAUCUUGAAGUACCUGUGCGACUUUCGUCUGGACUCGGCCGACGUGUUCGCUACCUUUUCCAACCUCGAAGCGGACAGCCUGCGGGUGGAACCUCUUGGCUACGACAGCAAGGGCUCCGCGUACUGGUACUUUUUCGGCACGCGUCUGUACCGCGAGGACUACGAAGGUGGUGCCACCGGCAAGAAGAGCGCCAAAUCCGUUUCGUCCAAGGGUGGUGGUCGCUCCGUGUGGCAGGUCAUUUGCUUCACCGAGGAGGACUGGAAGAGUCUGGCCGGUAAGCUUGCCGGCUCGCGGAACGAGAACGAGCGGGCCCUGCACCAGCAGCUCGUGGAGAACUUUCUGCCCAACAUUCCGAAGAUCUUUCGCGACAAGGAGCGCGAGCGACGCAGCAAACUGCUGGCCCGCCGCACCUCGUCGCGCAUCAAGGUCUACGAGGAGCGCCGCCUGGUGGAUCUGUACCGCCAGCAGCAGGAGCUCGAGACGCGCAAGCAGCAGCGCGCGCUGCAGGAAAGCGUCACAAACACCCGGGCGAAGCUAAGCGAAAGCCGGGCCAAACGUGCCGAACGACGAUCACGCUCGAACUCGGUCACAAGUAUAGUAUCAACCUAUGCCAGCUCAGCCGAACCUCUCACGAGUGAUUUUAUUUUUCAGCCAAAAGAGCGCGAAAACAACCUAAUCGCAAAUACUACUUUUAGCAAGCAUCCUCACCGGCACGGCCACAAGCACCACCGUCAACGGCAACGCCGGCAUCAUCGCCGUCAUUCGACGCCACCGGUGGCGCCCUGUGGCGCAGCAUCUCCCUCGUCGGAGCUAGGCUCGGAACAAACGCGCAGCACCGCGACGGACAAUCUUGGGCUAGUGUCGUGUUCCACCUCCAAGCGGGACGAAGAAGAAGCGGAAGAACCGCGGUGUCGUGAAGUGGAAGAAGAAGACGACGACGUGCAGAUCGUCGAAGAACACGAGGACGAAGAUCUCGAAGAAACGGACAGUGUCAGUGUGAACAACAACAACAACAACAAUACCGCAAAGUGCGCCGAACUUGGGUCGGGAGUGAGUGUCGCGAGCACGAGUAGUGGCAUCAGCAGCAGCCGCAAGCGCGGCAAAAGUGUCUGCUCCAGCGGAUCCGCGGCCAACUCGUCGCCGACUCCGCCCCCGCAACCACAACCGCCUCCGCCCGACGGGGAUCAAUCGGUGAAGAAGCGUCGCCCGCGGAAGGGCUUCAGUGCGGAGAUCGAGGGCUUGCUGCAGUACAACCGGAACAUGGCGCCGACCACGACGAAGCUGCCCGGCCGGCAAACGAACAACUCGCUGUCGUCGGUCACGGGGCCGGUGAUUUUGCCGUUUGCCGAUACGCCCACGCCGCCGCCGCCGACGACGACGUCGGCUCCGCAAGCGUCGUCAAAGGGUGGUGGCGGGUCGGCGGCGGAGAAAAAGGAGGGAAAGGACGGGAAGGAAGCGGCGGCGGUUUCCGGUGGUGAGAAAAACGCUGCUGCCGGCGGUGGACGGAAGAAGAAGAACAAGGCGUCGGAAGUCUUCACCGAAACCGAGGAGGUGCUGCAAAUUGGGAUGCACAAGGUGCUCGAGUACAUCAAGAACCACGACGACGCGUGGCCGUUUAUGGACCCGGUCGACGAGGACAUUGCCCCGCGCUACUACUCCAUCAUCCGGCGUCCAAUGGAUCUGCAAAAGAUGGAGGAAAAGCUGGACAACGGGGAGUACCUGACGUUUGCCGAUUUCCGCAACGACUUCAAGCUGAUCGUCAACAACUGCCGGCUGUACAAUGGUCAGGCCAAUGAGUACACCGAAAUGGUCAACAACCUGCAGAUUGCGUUCGAGAAGGCCACCAAGCGCCACUUUGACUCGAACUCGUCGGACGAGGAGCAGCAAACGCUCGAGUACCCGAUCUUCAAGGAGAAGCCUGCGGCGGCGGCGACGACGACAUCGUCGUCGAUCGGCGGUGGCAAAAACCUGAACGAUGACUCCGCCGCCAAGAAGGACUCCGGAAGCAAGAAGAACCAAAAGAGCAGCAGCAGCAGCAGCAAGAAGGACUCCAAAGUGAAGGAUCGCAAGAGUGGUGGGAAAACCAGUGAGAUUAGUGACGGCAAUUCCAAGUCGAGCAGUGACAAGGGAAGUGCGAAGAAGAGCGGUAAAUCUAGUGAACCGGAAGCGACGAAAUCCGCGGGGGGUAAUAAAAACUCCAAGAGUUUGAAGCGCAAGCGGAAAGAGAAGGACAAAGUGGGCAAAGGUGGCGGCAGUAAAAAGUUUAAACGCAACGACGACAGCAGUGACGGCGAGGAAGACGAGCUGUCGGCGGAAGACGAAGAGGACGAGGAGGAAGACGACGGUGGGCGGAAAAGUGACCGGGAAGAAGUGAUCUCCGAGGGGGAAGAAGAUGUCAGAUCGCCUUCGCCGGUGGUGUACGAAGGCAAAAAGAAGAGCGCGGCCAAAGCGAAGAAGCGCGAAGCGGAAAAGGCAAAGGAAAAGACCAAGGGCGGCAAGAUUAAGAGGGAAGAGAAGAAGUCGUCGAACAAACGGGGCAGGAAGAAGUCGAGGUCCCGGUCGCCGCCGCGAUCGCGGACGCCUUCGCCGAGUCCCGUAGCGAGUCGAUCGUCGACGCCGCUGAAGAAGACGGUGGCGGGCACGCUGGUGAAGGGCAGGAACAAGAAGCUGGACAGCAGCUCGGUCAGCAGUUUGAACUCGUCGCAAGCGACGCCGGUGAAGAAGCGUGGCAAGAAGCAGCAGAAGGAGAUGCCUCCGAGUGAGGACGAGUUGGACGUUACGGAGGAAGAGUUGCCGACGCUGGUGAAGAAGCGUGGCAAGAAGCAGCAGCAGGAGGUGCCGCCGAGUGAGGACGAGCUUGACGUUACGGAGGAGGAUUUGGUGCAGCCGCCGCCGACGUUGCCCGGGGAAGAGGAGGAUCGGGAGACUGACCUAAGCAACUUUGCGGAUAUCGACGAUAUUCGUGAGGGACGGGUUAAGGAUGAGGAAGUCCGAAAGGAUUCCGAUGGCGGCGGAAGUGUGGAGAAUGCACCAAGCAAGGGUGACGGCAAGAAGGGAAAGAAGAACAAAAAGAGCAGCCAGAAAUCAGGGAAGUCCAAAGGCAAGAGCAAAGACGAGGAAAAGGUCAAAAAGAGCAAGUCGAAGAGUAAAAGUGGCAAGAGUAAAAAGUCCAAGAGCAAGAGCUUCGAAACUUCGUCGAUCGUGUCCUCGAGCGAGGACGAACCCUUAGUAGAACCGCCAAAGGAAAAGAAGAAACACCACAAGGAGAAGGAAAUCAAAAGUGCCUCAAAGAAACAACCGAAGGAUUUCUCCAAGUACACGACGCUUCCGCGUGGCGAUCGCAGCCGAUCCCGGAGCUUCUCCCGGUCGCCAAGUCCGGCGGCACCCUCGAUCCACGAGGAACGAUACUCUUCCAUGUCGGAACGGUCGGUGAAUUUCGACGACGACGAUAAACCCGCGGUUCCAACACGACCCAUCACGCCGGACAUCAUCGACAAGUAUGAUCUCAUCAAGCAGCGACGUCGCAACCAAACGGCCUCGGUUCCACCGACCGCCACCACCCCGUCAUCUUCCACAUCCAGUGAAAAACCCGCCAAGCAAAAGUCCAAAUCUUCGGACGUCGCCGGCGGCGGCAGCAGCCGUAAAAAGCAGAAACACAACCAGAGUACCAGUUCAAGUGCCUCGGCAGACGCCCCUUCAACGCCCAGUACGGCCACCAAACCCGCAAAGGUCAAGGAGGAAAAGUCCUCCUCCUCCAAGGGGAAGGAAUCCAGUGGGAAGAGCAAAAAGAAACGGAACCGAUCGGUUGAAGCGAGUCCGCCUCCGACGCCAGUGGCGGAUCGGUCGCGAUCUCCCGUUUGGACGGUCCCGGAAGUGCCGGCUGAAAAGACUCGCCCGUCUUACAAAGACGAGAAGGUGGAGCCGGACAAGAAGGCCGACCCCAGCGACGAGUACGACUUUGUGGACGAUUCGCCGACCGAAGCGGUAACGCCAAAGAUCCCCUCCCCGGUACCUUCACCAGUGGAAACCCCAAAACUUCCCAAAACCAAGUCGGAAUCGCAGAAGAAACCAUCGCAAAAGUCCGGCAAAUCGAACGCCACUAAACCUCCGAGCGCGGUCGCCAACAAACAAUCCAAAGGAGGUGGAGCCGCUUCAACCGGAGCUGCCGGAGGUGCCAACAUGGAAGCCCUGGAACUAGAAACCGAGCAGACCCUCAAGGACAUCAACAAGUGGCUGGAGAAUACGCCCCGCUUCAGCGAGUACAGUUCGGCGAGCAAUUCCCCCUCGCGGUACAUUAUGGACGAUCUGGACGCGGUCACGGCCAAAAUAGACGCUGCUGACUUCCGCAAACCGAUCACGUUGGCGCAAAUCCCACCCGAGGAAGCCGACAAGCCUCCGAUUAUCCUUUCCCCACGGGCAAACGACCCACCACCAUUAGCAGCUGCCCUGUCGUCGGCACCACCUCCAAUUGCCACUCCAAAAGAACCGCCAGUCGUCAAACCGGCGAAGCAACCAAAAGACCACGAAGCGACCCCGAACAUCAACAACAACACCAGCAGUGCUCCAAUUCCCGCACCACAACCCACAAAACCCCAGUCAACGCCAGCACCGACUCCACCAGUCGUCGCGACGACACCAGCGCCCCCACCCUCGGAACGUCCCGCCCUGGGACCACCCCCGAUAAUUCCGCCCCACUCGCAGAAAAAGGAACCGAAAGAGCCCAAGCGCAAGUCGCUCAAGGAGAAGCUCAGCCAGCUGGGCAAGCAAAAGCGGGACACCGUCCACCGGACGAUCGACCGGCUGCAGCCGGGCAAGUCCAAGGGCAAUCUGCUCAGCAGCAUCCAGAAUCUCAACAAGCCGGAGGAGCUGUUCCCGCUGGGGGCGGGCGCCGCAGGUCCGGGCGGGCUUGGACCGAGCAAGGUCAAGGAGGUGAAGAACUCGCUGAUCGUCAAGACGGACGAGUCGAAGCCGAAGCUGAGUUUGGGUACGGUGCUGAUUACGGAGGGAUUCGGACUUGGGCAGCAGCACGCGUUUGCAGAUGAGAAGAAGGAAGGUGGCGAAGAGGCACCUGGUAAGGUUUGUGUUGACGAGAAGAAGUUUGGCGAAACGGAACAGGCAGCUGCGUUGAACAGCUCGAAGGACAGUGAUGACGGGGCAGCGGCGAAACUGUUGGUUCUGGAAGACAUGAAGGCGGCCAAGGCAGAGCUCGCCAAAACGGAUCCCGGAAAGGUGGUUGAAUCGCCGGAGAAGGUCAUCAAGGCGAUCGCCAAAUCGGACAAACCGUCGGCGACUCCGAACCUGUCAGCGUGGUUCAAGGCGUUUGGCGCGCCAAAGAAACCGAAGAAAUCCGACGAUGGUGAAGAAGGCGGCAGUAAGAACUCACCGGAAGGUGAGGGCAAGGGUGGAGAAAAUACUUCCCCGUCGGAUUCUGGCUUGAACGUACCGUUGGUGCCCAGUUUGGAAAGCCCCAGCUAUCCGUCGUUACCACCGGCGCCGCGGCAGCGGAAGGCGAGCACGGGAAGUACCGUUUCGGAGCGGUCCUCGUACAGUCAAGAUCCGGACAGCCCACGGAUUGGUAUUGACGAACGGAUCGGAGUCUACCCGGCGCCUUAUCCCAGCCCGAUGGGAGCAUCUCCGGUGAUGACCUCCCCGCGCAUGGAUGAAACGCAAAAGAGUCCGUACCCGUUGAACGGAGCCAUCAAGGUUGGCUUCUACCAGGACACCACGACCAAAAGCAGUCCGGAGAAGAGCUGCAGCCCAAGGGAGUUGCCACCAUCCCCCUACCCGCAGUACUCACAACAUCUGUACACGGCCAACUCCGGCAUGGCCGGUGGUACCAACAAUAUGUACGGAAACAAUUACGCUUACGGUGCCACGACCCCAAACGCUCCGACAGCCCCAACGGCACCAUCCACGGCGAACACGACGGACACGUUCAAGAACUACGACCAGUACAAACAACCGGCCUCACAGGAAUCGGACUACAACUCAUCGAUGAGCCCCAGCACGAACCCCAACUCGCCCUACCACAACCAGGCGUCGUCUCCGUACCAGCAGCAACCCAACUCGCCGUACCAACAGCCGCAAAACCAAAACUUUGCCCAGCAGCAGCAGUCAUCGAUUGCGUCGCCGGCCUCGUCCGGACCGCUGUCCCCCUACAGCAACGCCUCACUAGCACCUCAAUCGUCAGUACAACAAAGCCCGGCCCAGUCCGUGAGCGGUCACUCGCCUUUCAACCCAUCGCCAACGUCGCCUUAUCAAACGCCACAACAUCAAUCGCAGCAGAACCAACCCCAACAGCAGCAGCCGACUCAAGCGCAAAAGCCCGCCCCAACGCCCCAAUCCAAACCAAAUACGCCCAUCCACCAAAGUCCAAACUCACCGUUCUCCCAGUCGAACCACAGCUCACCCUACUCCCAGCAGGACCCCAACUCGCCGUACUCCCAGGGCCAACUGUCCCCCUUCCAGCCAAUGUCCCCAAAACCCCCGACCGUGCCCGCCGCCGCCGCCGCCACCACCAACAACAGCCUCAAGCUGGCCCCGCCAAUAAUAACGCCCCAGCAAGCGGCGGCGGCCGCCGGCGUAACCCUCCCCGACUCACCGGUCAACACGCUGUCCCAAACGUCACCGCACCAAAACACCGGAUCUCAGCUGCAACAGCCUCAACAACCUUCACCCCAGCAGCAACAGCAGCAGCUAAAUGCCCACUCGGGUUGGAAUCAACAGCAGACCACAUAUGCGCAGUACGCUUCGUCGGCGACGUCGUCGGUGGAUGGAGGAAGCACGUUGGGAACGAAUCUUCCGGCACCGGCCCACAUACAUCAUCACUCGCAGCAUCAGCAGCAACUGGCGGCGCCGCAAACGCAACAGCAGCAGCAACAGCAAAUUAAGCCGCAGGCGGUGCAGCUCAUGGAUGCAAGUUCCAAUAAUCAGCAACAGCAGCAGCAGCAGCAGGCCCAUCCAUCGUGCCAGCAACAGCAACCGCAGCAGCAUCAUCCAAACUUGAGCAACCUGACGCCAGCGCACAGCCAGUCGUCGUCCAACCUGCAGCAGCAGCAGCAACACCAACAAUCACAACACCAACAGCACAGUCAUCUGAGCAACUUGCUGAGCAACAACCCGUACACGUCCAACUAUGGCCGCCAGGCGUACGAACAGCAGCAGCAACAGCAACACGUUGGGCAGCCGGACAAGGGCGUCAAAGUACCUGAGCUUAUCAAUUUGGGCUACAACAGUGGCAGUAACGAGAGCAGUGCCAGCAGCAAGAGUCAGCAAUUGCAACAGCAACAGCAGCAGCAGCAACAACAGGAAAUGCCGAUGAACAUGGGCAACAAGGCGGCGGCGGUGGAGGUGGCCAAGGAGCAGGCCAGCAAGCAGCAGCAAAUGUUUGAACUGAUGGGUUCGAUGGCGUACGGCAAUCCGAUGGACAUUUCGAUCAGCAAGAGUAAGGCGUUCGACAUGUUUAAUCGGGCGGCUACGAUGACCUUCCCGAGGGGUUUUCCGAGUGGACAACCGCAGGACGUUGGUAAGAUGGGUUACGGGGGAGGAUCGGUGAGUGGGUACGAUCAGCAGCAGAUGGUGACGAACACGAAUAAGGCCCACGAUAUGAGCGGAUCCAAUCCGUACGGUGUGCCGCAGCAUCAUCAACAGCCCCAACAGCAAGCUCAUCAGUCGAAGGUCAAUCAGAGUGGGGCUGCUUCGUCGAGUGGUCCGUACGAUCAGCGAUCGAGCGUUCAACAGCAGCAGCAGCAGCAUCAUCAGGCGCCUUCCCAGGCCAACAUGGAUCUCAACACCGGGUACAAAUCGUUUGGCGGAACGCCUUCGUCGACGCUGAUGGAUCCGGCACUGCGAAAUUUGGCAUCGCUGUCCUCGCUGUAUCAACCCGAGGCCAGUUAUUACGAUAAGAACAUGCCACCGGCGGCGCACAGUAUGUUCAAGAGUUCCGGCGGGGUCGUCCCCUCGUCGGCCUCGUCGACGUCUGCGUUGCAGCAGAUCUUCAACAACUCGAUGGCGACCACGAUGGCGUACAACGCGGCGGCCGCUAGCAGGGAUCAGCAAGGAGCGGCGGCGGCGUACGGCGGAAAUUACCAUCAUCAGCCCCAGCAGAAGGCUCCACUCAACGUACCUUCGGUGCAACCUCCCGCGCCUCCCGUGGAGAAGCCAAAAAGAGGUCGCAAGAAGAAACAAGAUCCGCAAGAACUGUUGCAGCAGCAGCAGCAAGCCGCCCUUCAACAGGCCCAUCAACUCCAGCAACAGCAACCCAACCCGGCCCACCAGGGAUUCCAGUCGUACUCGGGCAUGAAGUCGAGCCAACCGCCAAGUUCUUCCAGCAACCAACAGUCCGGCGGGUCGUCAUUGUCGGCGAACGCCGGCUCCGGUAACGCGAAUGCCGUUGAACCAUCGGCGAUCUCGCUGAAAACGGCCAACGUGCUCCAGGGCAGUGCGUUCAACUUUGGCCCGGGCCCGGCCGGACUCGGUCUUCCAACGAGUCUGUACGGCGAAAACUCACCCUACCUGGAAGAGUUCCGAACCAACCCCACAAACGCUUACCCUUACCUUCCAUCUAGUCACCGAGGGUCAGCCGCUUCCAGUGGGGCAGUCGGAUCGGGCGCUUCCGCCGCCGCAGACGGGUCGGACAAAUCCAUCAACCCGGCAGCUUCGUCGGCCUCGGCCGUCCCCGUUGCCCCCUCGCCCUACCACCAGUUUCUGUCCCAUCCGUCGUCCCGCCCGUCCCCGUACCAGUUUAUGAACCAGCUCGAUCCGCUGCACCAGCAGUACAUGAUGCUGAACCAGAGCCUGGGGCUGGGCGCACCGGGAGCGCACGGACCACCGGGUGCGUACGGCGGUCAACCGGGCGCGUACCAUCCGGCCCUCGGGAUGCACAAGACGCCGUACGACGCGAUGAACACGAUGAACCGACCGCCGUGGAUAUAACAGCAGCAGGACGUUGCCACGCCCGGGAAGGGCGGUGGUGACGGCAUGGCCACGACAGCGGCAACGGCCGGAGCGACCAGCAGUGAGCAACCUCCUCCGACGAGGGAGUCUGCUGGUGGCGUAGGUGUCGUGACGCGGAACGAAUCCGUGGUUUGGGACGCCCGGCGGAACCAUCAUGGGAGCUUUUAGAGGGCGAGCAACGGUGAUUUUUAAUUUUAAAGUGUUUAUUUUUUUUUCUCGUUGGAGGCAGGGAAUAAUGGUGUUUUUAAAAUACUUUAAAAAUCUAGAUUAUUGAGGGAAGAUUCUGGUUGAUUGGGAACAAACCGAUCAGGCCAAUUAAAAGUGUGUACUAUUUUAGUGUAAAAUUUGUAGUGCUAGAUUUAGAAACGUUUUUUGUAUAGCCUUUAAAAAAUAUCAACACAUUAUAUUUUUCAUUUUUACUGAAAAAUAACUGUAUUUUACAAGACGUGCGCGCACGCGCGCUGCGCUUCAAUAAAAGUGGAUCCGCAAUUUUACGAGCCAUACUUCGGGAGAGGAACUUUUAAUAGUGCGUGCAAUAUCAAAGAGCAGCAAAACUUCCGAUUCACAAACACCGUUUGUAGUUGGUCUCCGUAGACACAGAUUACCUUUCGUGCCCUUGAUGAAUCCACAAAGUGGUCGCGCAAGGAAGGAUGGCGCGCAAAGAUUGUGCAGUGAUGAAUAGUUAAUUUACGACCCCUCUUUGGAUAAUUGUUAAAUGUUGUCUUUUUGAUUAGUUUUUUUUACCUCUCUAUUUUUGUUUUCUUAACUGAUAAUGCAAUGUCGCGAUCCCAGAUUAGCAAAAUAAUGAAAAAAUAAGCCUUCCAAAAGGUCAUCAAUUGUGCUAAGGUAAAUAAUAAAUGUGAAACAAGUUAGAUUAAAUCGUUACUUUCGUCGUUUUAGGUUAGCAAAACUGUCUUAUUCUCACUUCCACUCUUAGAUGUAAACCGAACCAAAUGAGAUUAAACCAAACUAACGGUUUCACGGUCAUGCUUUACAAGAGCUGUUCUACCCAAUUCAUUGAAACUGUGUUCUGUUUCUUGCUGCUGUAAAAAAAUCAAACUAUUGUUUCAUCGCCCCAAAAAGACAAACGCGAAGCGCUUAUAUUCUCUCUCAGAAGUGGACAACAAUCGCACCAAAAAAAGAAUACACGCUACCUACCACACGAAAUAUUCAGGAUAUGCAACAUACCGCAAAUAGCAAGAUAAACGUAAACGUAAAACCAACAUUCCAGUUCGGCGACGAACUGCGUAAUAAAAAUCACAAUGGAAAACAAGCUUAACUUAUCGCUUAUACACAUUGACACAAACUCACACUCACGUAGGACAAAUCUUUUCUUAUGCCUUUUUUAGAAACGAUACAAAAAAGCAAAACAAUAAUCCGUGUUAUAGAUAUAUCAGGACGACAACAAUACAAAAGUAAAAGAACUUGUAGAAUUCUAAACCGAACAAAAAAAAAACAACAAGCAAAUCACACACACCACAAACUUAGCCUUUUUGAAAAACAAAUAGUAGAAACCAGGUAAAACCACUCGGCGCGAACUGGGUCAUCUGUCGAAAGCGAGAAAUUCUUGAGAGGCGAAUGAUCGUGUUAUCAUUGAAUCAAAAUAAAACAAAAAACGUGCAGAGAACGCACUCAAAUCUUACGAUUCGUUAUUCAGCUUGUAAAUACACAAACACACAACUCAAUUUCUAGUUUUUAUUGUUUUUCUAUUCAGGUCAGCAUUCGAAGCAAAAUCAAAACGGCAACCAAGCAUAUUAAUUGUAAGCGUGUGUAAAUAUUUAGUUUUUAAACUGCGAUCUAAAAGUGCGUCUCCUCUUUAAGAGAGGAAAACGCUUAAGUUUUCUGUUACUUUAACUGAAAUGUGAAGAAAGAUCAAACACCCGUACACAAUAUCUUUAUCGUUGUUUGCGUAGCAUCUAACAGAUUGAGUAAAAAAAGGAGUAGCAAAAUAAAAAAGAUAAAACAAAAAAACAUAUGGAAAUGUUUGAAAAAACUUUGUGUACUGGAAAACUUAAGAUUUAGUGACAAACAGAAAUUGCUGAAAAGGGCAGAAUUUAUGUUUUCAUCUUUGGGGUAAAUCAACAUGUUAUUUAAUAAAUAAAUUAAACCAUAUAAAUAUAUACACACAACAACAACAAGGUAAACAAGAUUAGUUUUAUAGAUACGCUAUAAAAGAAAAAAAAAGAACCCAUGUAACUGCGUAAGUAAAGGGCAGAAAAAUAUAUUAUUAUAAUUAUUAUUACUGAGAGAAUAACGUUACAACAAUUGAGGACACAGCAUACAAAUAUAAACAACAAUACAAACUACAAAAAAAA